GCUCGUCGAAGUCAUCGCUGCAUCAUCGGCGAGUGGGAUUCAACCUCGGCGAAUUCUCCGCGGUGGAAAGCUAUCGCCUUGAGUACUACCGCGGAGCGAGGAGAGAAAUAAAAACAGACAUAGCACAAUCAUCUACGCUGUGCGGGUAUGCUGCGGUAGUACGUGUACUUCAAUUCACAUCAUCUUUAGCUGCUCUGCGUCUUUCGUGAGCGGGACAGGACGACCUGCUCUCUCAAAUUCCGAGCUCAAUCUCGGGGAUUUAACAAAGCGGGGGAAAAAUAGGAACCAAAUAAACUGCAACACCAGUUUGACGAAUCGAGGUGGAUCUCAGGGCAGCUAGGACAGCGUCUUCAAACCGGAGAUAUGGGCGCAUAGAAAGGGAGUUUCGAGCCUGUUGGUUAUUCCCCCUGAAAGGAGAAUGGAAAAAAUGAACGCAGAACAGCUAUGAUGAGAGAUUCUAUUGACGUCGUCUUCUAGGAGAAAACAAACAAAUCGACGGGAUCAUGGAACCUCAGUCGUCAAAUAAUGGUGCGAAUGGAGGAACACAUAUGCCGCAAUCGGUCAUGGGACCAGGGGCUGGCAGUGUCAUUCGACCUCGCCCACCCGUGCCCAAACCAACCCCACCACCGCCAGCACCAGCUGGAAGCAUUAGCAACGCGGCCGCGGCAUCUCAAGCCGCGGCCCGCCGCAAGCUGACCCGGCCACCCCGCCUGGAGAGCGUCUCGGAGAGCGAGCACAGCGACCGGUCCUGCGUGGACUCACCGGCCAGCUCCGACUCCUUUGGCGUCAAGUCCUACCUGCACAAGUUCUACGAGGAGGACCCAGCCUACAAGGACCGCGACGACAUCUACUGCGAGGACGAGGAGCACCCACUGGCCGACCUGGCAGCUCGCAAGCGGCGACGGGGCCCCUGCGGCUGCUGCUCCCCGGUCUGGUGGAAGGCUGGGGCCUGGGUGGGCCUUAACAUCCUGAUCUUGGCCAUCCUGGCGCUGAUGGUAGGCUAUUUCAUCACCCCGCGGAAGGAAGUCCUCGGCUACAACGAGGACGUAGCAGUGGUGGACGAGGACGCGCGGAAGUUCAACCGGCGACUGGACUCGGCCAAGCUGGCGGGGCUGAUCAUGAUGUGUGCCGGCGGGCUGGUCAUUGCCGUCUCCCUCCUCAUCCCGAGUUUCUGCUUCGCCAGCGACGAGGACAGCUACAGAGACGAGAUCAGGGUGGAUGCCGAGAACACCUUCCCGCCGUACAUGCCGAUUGCGUCGCAGCACGAGACCGCCGAGGACGGUAUACCGUACACGUCGGCGCUGACCAACGUCCAGCCAGAGAGGGCAAAGGGAGAGGCAGUAAUAGCAGGCAAAGGAGUUGUGAGCGUCCAGCAGUGAAGCACAUUCCAGUAGUCUCGACGCUUGUAGCUGUGAACUUCGGAAGUUGGGCUGAAACGUCCGAUGCGUGAAUUGUGAGAGGAAUCGUCAUUGUCACAUCAUUAUUGACAGCAUAGAUUGGCCAUCUAAGGAGUCUUGCAUCCUUCAGAUCAAGAGUUUAUGUAAUCCGAGCCUUGAUUUCAUUUCAAACACAUUCUGAGCAGAAAGUUGAAAGAAAACAAUGCACUGAACCAACAGAAGAAGACUUGUCAACCAAAACCAGGGGGUUGUGAUGAUUCAAAAGAGAGCCGAUGUAUGGGUACAAAAUACAAGGUUAAGAGAAUCGUUGGUUUCCGUUCUACUUAGAACUCCCAUAGGUGGACCUUCUUCACAAUGAUGCAGUCAAACCUUUCCCACCUGUAAAGUAAAUACAUUUAAUUGUUCGUUCGAGCAUGGAGAGCAAACGGAAUACGUGGUUAGAGUCGUGCCCAUGUUAGGACAACUCCUUUCCUUAGAUCCAGUAGGGACUUUUGGUACCCUUGAUCGUCGCAGCGUGUGUGAUCUCAACCAAUUCCCUGGCUUCGGGGCGUGUAUUUCCGACACCACAGACCAUCGACGCCGAAACCACACACAAUUGUUUCCAUUUUGCUUACGGGCAAUCUCCCAUUUAUUAUCGUCCAGCUUGCAUGACCAGGAGAACCGAGCCACACUUUCAAAACAAAAACAUUCACACUGCCUCUCCUAUUUUCUUACGUAGGACCAGUUUGGAAAGAGAACAAACAUGUUCUUUGUGACCAUGACAUUUUGGUAUUUGUCCCCUAAUUCAGAGAUGACUAUUUUCAACUGAUCGCUCGUGAUGUUUAACAUUACUAAGGACCUCGUGCUACGAGCAAGCAUUUUAAACUUGAAGAUUCGUGUUUAAGGGCACAUUAUAGAUGUUGCUGGUUUUGAAACCGAUGUUUAUAAAUAUUGAAUUGUUGUGUAUGAUGUGCAUAAAUUUGGUACGAUGCGUUCAUCACUAUA